AUGACCUCAACCAUGGAUGAGACCCCAGACAACCUUUAUGCAUGGGAAGUAAUCCAUGGUGACACUUCUAUUUCCCUGAGGCAAUGCCACUUUUGGCUUCGUUUCUCUCGACAUUGUCGAAGUUUUAUUCAACUUGGUGGAGGUGUUCUGAACGCUUUGCUAUUAGUGUUGAUUUUUAAAAUCAAAAAUAAACCCUUGAAGAACUACAAGAUGAUUCUAAUGUUCUGUGCUCUGUGCGAUACACAGAUUCUGAUAUCUGAAAGUGUGCUUCAACUGGUAGGUCUUAAGUGUUCUGUUAAACUCUGUCAAUUUGUGUCAGUUUAGGUCACUUAAAUAAUUCUGUGCACCCUAGCCGCAAAAUGUGAGAAAGACUCAGAAUUAUUUGAACAACCUAAUAAAUAUAAGGUGCUUCCAUAGAACUUAUGUGUUUUAAACUAACUUAUCUUGUUUUAGGUCGGAAAAAUAAAAGACAACGUGUUAUUAUUGGCAUUAGAUGGGCCUGGUGGACAAUUGUCGUACCAUUGCCAAGCUUUACUUGUUGGCAUAUAUGCUUUCCAUUUAGGGCUGAUCAUUGUCAUUCAACCUGCCAACUAUUUCUACCGCUAUAUGUGUGUCAAUAGGUAAGACAUUUUCAUUAUAUUGGGAUGUUCAAAUACUUCUGUGCCUUUUCUCGAAGUUAAUUUCGAUAGUGAGCACAUAAUUAUUUGAACAAUCUAAUAAUGUUUCGUUCUAAAUACCAAAAAAAUUUUUUACAUUCAAUUUAACAAAGUUAAGGUUGAUAAUGCUUUAACAUGUUGAUUAAUGUAUAAUAUAAUACCUUGCUCAGACCAAAUAAUACAUUUUCAGUUUGUUCCCACCGACAGUAUUAGUUACGGCAAUAGCUUACGCAUUGUCAGCAGUUGUUGCAGCUGGUCUCGCAGUUGUAACCUACUUGUCAUACAUGUACAGUGCUAAGCCAGACGUCAAUUAUGCUACGUUAUGGUUCGACUAUAAGCCAUUACCUACGUUGUUGAUUGCUGAAACGGUGAGGUUUGUCUGUUCUCCUAUUAAACUUUUUUUUAAAGUAUAUAUAAUGUUUUACACUAAACUGCCUUUACGUACCGUAUCGUGCCAUAUGAUAUCAUACCAAACUCUACCCUUUCUCACCCCACCCUAUAUCCUUCCUUAUCAAUCUAACGUAUAAUUUGUAAGAAUGACAUUAUUUACUUCAGAGAAGCUUUUACACCCAGCUAUACCUUGGAUAUGCAGUAGUCUCCUUCGGCAUUUCGUAUCUUCUGUGUAUGAUAUUCGCUCACAAAACCGUCUCAACCAUCAGCAAGAAGCAGCAUUUGUUUGGGGCCCGUACCCUGCAGAUGCAGAACCAGCUGGCAACAACACUGUUCGUACAAACCAUGAUGCCAAUGUUCACGUCGGUGGGCCCAUCCAUUGCCAUUUGCUUCUCCACCUUCUUCGGAAUCGACAUUGGUGGUAUCUUCGGCAUCCUCAUGUACACUUGUUUGGCCUUCAUCCCGCUUCUGAAUCCGUUGGCCACAAUCUUCUUCAUCAAGCCUUUCAGAGUUACAGUGUUGCGAAUGGUCAGUAAUGCCAACAGUUUGGUGGAUCCAAACCCCAGGUCCGGCACUAGUAAUGUUUCAAAGGUUUCGCAGCAACUUACUCAUCCGUGA